CUCACACAGAAAUUGGAGAAAGGGGGAAAACACAAACAAGACGCACAAGGAAAGGCGGGCGAAAUGCGAACCAGAAAUCGAUCCCGGGAAACUCAGAAAUCAAACGAUGAAGAAGAUCGGUUUAAGCACUCUGGCAUUGGAGAAAAAAGUACCAUCGUUUCAGACAAAAUUGAUGAUUCUGGUUAGUUGAGUUCGUCCUGUUUAUGGUUUUGCAUUAAUUCAUUGAACCUUAGUAUAAGAUUGUGGUUGAAAUGGCUAUCCUGUUGGAAUACGAUGACAGAAACACUUGAUAAUGUAUCUCGGCAUGCUGUAAAAAGACUUUUGAAACAUGGAAAGUCUCAAGGCUCGAGGGAAGUAGAUGACACUUAUUUAUGUCAAAUUGAUUUGAAAAGUAAGCUAGAUAAUGAUUUUGGAAAAACUGCCGGAGUCCAUGGUGGAGGUAGCAGUAAAAAUGUUGCAAAUUCUCCUUCAGGAUCUGUCCCAAAAGAUGAACUUGAUGACCUGGAAUGGGAAUAUGGAUCAGUUCCGAAAGGCAGUCCAAACAAACAUGCUUUAGACCAGACAAUCAAUGGGGUAACAGUUGAAUUUGAUGUUUCACCUAGUGCUGCAAAGCAGAAGUCCAUACGUCGUGCAACUUCUGAAGAAAAGGAAGUGGCUGAGCUUGUGCAUAAGGUUAAUUUGCUUUGUUUACUAGGGAGGGGAAGGUUGGUUGAUAGUGCUUGCAACGAUCCUCUCAUUCAGGCAUCUUUGCUAUCAAUUCUUCCAACACGCUUGCAUAAGAUCACGGAGGAUCCAAAAUUGACUGCAAAGGCUCUGACUCCAGUUGUUGAAUGGUUUCACAAUAGUUUUCAUGUUAGAGGUCCUGGAAGUGCUGAAAAGCCACCUCAUUUGGCUUUGGCUUCUGCUCUUGAGGCUUACGAAGGGACUGCUGAAGAGGUUGCUGCCUUAUCUGUUGCAUUAUUUAGGGCUCUGAACCUUACUGCUCGAUUUGUGGCUAUUCUGGAUGCAGCCUCAUUAAAGCCUGAAGUAGACAAACCAGAGUCUAGUAGUCAAGCUUCGGGUAAGGCAAGUGGUGGGAUAUUCAACACGUCCACUUUGAUGGUGUCUCGAUCAGGUGUUUCGCCUGUUUCUCCUUUGACACCUCUAGCAUCUAAUGAAAAAGACAACUGUCACCGGACAUCUUGGAGAUCCAAAGGAAAAGCUAAGAAGUUACUGGAACUAGAUCCUGAUAUUAAAGAUUUCUCUGGUGAUGAUACAUUCAAGGACAUAAUACCCAAGCCAUCAGCUCCUUCUGUAUGUCAAGAUGGUCUAUCUGAUGCAGAGUUGGCCACAAAGACACAGAGAUCAAAGAGAAAAGGAGAUCUUGAAUUUGAAAUGCAGUUGGAAAUGGCUAUUGCUGCCACAGCAAUUGAAAGUUCUAAAACUGAUGUGGACUCAGAUAUGAUGGACGUGCAUGAUAUGAACUCACAACUCAUUUCUCCUUCAAAAAAGAUUAAACUAGUGAAGACAGAAGAUUCUCCAGUAUCUUCUUCUGUGAUGUCAACAGCUAUAGGGUCACGAAAAGUUGGAGCUCCCUUAUACUGGGCAGAAGUGUAUUGCUGCGGCGAGAAUUUGACUGGAAAAUGGGUGCAUGUGGAUACUGUCAAUGCAAUUAUUGAUGGAGAGCAUAAAGUGGAAGCAGCAGCAGCUGCAUGCAGAAAGCCUUUGAGAUAUGUGGUAGCGUUUGCAGGACAUGGGGCUAAAGAUGUGACCCGCAGGUAUUGUAUGAAAUGGUACAAGAUAGCAUCACAGCGUGUUAAUGAAAUUUGGUGGGAUGCUGUAUUGGCACCCUUGAAACAGUUGGAGUCACUUGCUACUGGUGGCAUUGUUCACUUGGAGCAGGAAGCUUCAACUGUGAAAAGGAAGAUGGUGGCUUGUGAAGAAGCUGAUGCUAAAAGUUGUAUGACAAAUUCUCUUCCACCAAUUAGAAGUUCCCUUGAAGAUAUGGAGUUGGAAACUAGGGCUCUGACUGAACCUCUCCCAACCAAUCAACAGGCCUACAGAAACCAUAAAUUAUAUGCUAUUGAGAGAUGGCUUAACAAAUAUCAAAUUCUACAUCCAAAGGGGCCAGUAUUGGGGUUCUGUUCUGGUCAUCCGGUAUACCCGCGAACUUGUGUACAGACACUUCACACCAAAGAGAGAUGGAUGCGGGAGGGUUGCCAACUAAAAGCUGGUGAACUUCCAGCAAAGAUUUUGAAAGGCUCUUUAAAGCAAAACAAAGAACAAGCUGCUGCUGCUGAUGAUGAUGAAAUUGUUAACGGGGAUCACAUUGCUCUUUAUGGGAAGUGGCAGACAGAACCUUUAUGUCUUCCUCGUGCUGCAGAUGGAAUUGUCCCCAAGAAUGAGCGUGGCCAGGUGGAUGUUUGGUCAGAGAAAUGCCUCCCUCCUGGAACUGUUCACUUGAGGUUGCCAAGGGUAGCAGUUGUAGCAAAACGGCUCGAAGUUGACUUUGCGCCAGCAAUGGUUGGAUUUGAAUUCCGAAAUGGUCGAUCUGUACCUGUAUUUCAGGGCAUUGUGGUGUGCUCAGAGUUCAAGGAUGCAAUUGUUGAGGCUUAUAAUGAAGAAGAAGAUAAAAGGAUGGCCGAAGAGAAAAGGAGGAAUGAGGUUCAAGCUCUUUCUAGGUGGUAUCAGCUUCUUUCAUCGGUUAUUACCCGGCAAAGGCUGAACAAUCGCUAUGGGAAUGGCUCUGAGCAGGAAAGCUCGGCUCUCAAUCUAAAACCUAGUCAUUCUCCAUCUUCUGCUGAGACAGGUGAUAAUGAGAGUAGUCGGAAACGCCGGGGAAAUCAGCAAAAUAAGUUACAUGAUGAGAAACCUAGUGUUCAACCUUUUGUGCCCACUGAGGAUCAUGAACAUGUAUUUUUUUCUGAUGACGAGUCUUUCAAUGAUGAGAGUUGUGUACGAACAAAGCGAUGUAAAUGUGGGUUUUCAAUCGAAUUAGAGGAACUGUAGGGCAGCUGUAACUUGCUUCUGUAACAUUUUGCUGUGUAAAUGUAAUUUAACCCUGGGUGGAGUUAAAAAAUCAUGAUAAAAGUAUAUACAGGUAAAUACCGUGCGAAUAGAGGAUUUAUUCACUGUUGCAGAGCAUCAAGUUCAUUCAUUUAAG